UAAACCCUCUCUGCAUCUUCCUCGCUUCACAACACACCAAGCUUAAUUACUUUUAUUGCUACUUUUUUGGGUAAAAAUCAGAAAUAUUAUUCAAGAAAAAAGAAAUGGGCAAUAGUUACUCAUAUUCAUCAUCAUCAUCAUCAUCAUCUUACAGCUCUCAGCCUCCAUUACCAGUACACCUCUGCUUCUUCCUGCUUAUACUGCUAAUGUUCGUUGGUCUAUCAUGGUACAUCAACUACGAGCCAGUGCUAGAGAGCAUGCUCGAUCAAGUGAAGCUGUUCCUCUCGGCGUCUCCCUUGCUGCUUUUGCUGCUUGUUCAUUUGCUUUCCAAUGAUGAUCAUCGAUAUGGCAGGAAGCUUUCCCAUUACAUUCCUUUGCCGGAGAAGGACUCUCUUCAUAGGGCUGGAGGAACUCCUUGGGGUGUUGGGUUUCUGCUUGUUUUUCUCUUUUUCUUGAUCUCUUACCACUCCUAUUUCCAAGAACGUUGGUUUCCUCUCUUGAGCAGGUAAUACAUACCACAGAACGCAUUCAGCCAGCAAGUAUAUAUAUCCUCAUGGAAUAUGAAUAUUUGUUAGCUAUAGCAGUGCAUGAACCAAAUGUACUCCUGUCUUUUCAAUAUAUAUAUGUAUUUUUUUUCUUUUUUUUAGUAGGACUGUGUUAAUGGAAGUGUAAUGAUGGUGCGGCAACGGGUAUCACUUUUCCCUUUUGUUUUUGCUACAAGGAAAGAUACAAGGAAGAGUACUUCUGUAAUCCAACAAUAGGAAUGUAUGCCUUUGCAUAAAGCAUUUUGCUUU